AUUGUUUCCUUUCCAUCAUCACACUAGUAAAAGCAAAGCGAGUGCGAUUCCGGAGCGUGAGCCACGCGCCGGAAACAGCUUCCUUCCUCCCCUUUUUGUCUUUAAACCCCCGUCCUGUUCCCGUGCCUUCUAACCACCUAAAUCUCUCCGUCUCUCCAUCCCCAAUUCUCAGAAACAAACCCUAACCCUAAUGUCUCAAUCACUCACUGAGGAGCCGCCACCUCCACCUUCCGGCUUCGACGACCAAUUUCACCGUCCCGGCUCCGAUCAGACCCCGAUCGGCGAAUUAAUGUCCGAUCUAGGGUUCCCGAUCGACGGCGAUUUCGAGCUCACUUUCGACGGCAUGGACGAUCUCUACUUACCCGCCGAGAACGAGACCUUCCUCAUUCCGGAGCAGUUCGGAGAUUUCACGCCGGAGUCUGAAAGCUCCGGCGAUUGCGAUUGCCUACCCAAAGACGCCGAUAAGAGCACUCCACUGUCGUCUCAGGGGUCGGGUAAUUGCGGUGGCUCCGAUGUCUCCGACGUCGUCGUGGAUCAGAAGGUUAAGGUGGAGGAGGACGCUGCAACGGCGACGACGACGACGUCUGUCACCAAGAGGAAGAAGGAGGAGAUCGAGGAGGAUAUGAGCGACGAAUCGAGGAACAGCAAGUACAGGAGAUCGGGAGAGGAGGAAGUAGGAGACGCGAGUGCCGUCACCGGCGAAGAAGACGAGAAAAAGAAGAAGGCGAGGCUUGUGAGAAACCGCGAAAGCGCGCAGCUUUCGAGGCAGAGGAAGAAGCAUUACGUGGAGGAGCUUGAGGAGAAGGUCAGGCAUAUGCAUUCCACUAUCACGGACUUGAACGGGAAGAUAUAUUUUUUCAUGGCUGAGAAUGCUGCGUUAAGGCAGCAGUUAGGCGGGAGUGGGAUGAUGUGCCCUCCUCCUCCUCCGCCGCCGCCUCCGAUGGGAAUGUACCCGCCGAUGGGUUACCAGUGGAUGCCUUGUCCUCCUCCUUACAUGUUGAAGCAGCAAGGGUCUCAAGUGCCUUUGGUUCCUAUCCCUAGGUUGAAACCGCAGAGUGCUCUUGGAUCAUCCAAGGGGAAGAGUAAGAAGAGUGAAACCAAGACUAAGAAGGUCGCUAGUAUUAGUUUUUUGGGUCUUCUGUUUUGUCUGUUUUUGUUUGGUGCUUUGGCUCCGGUUAUGAACGUUAGUUAUGGAGGAAUUAGUGGUGCUUUUUAUGGGAACUAUAGGUCUAAUUAUGUUACUGACCAGAUUUAUAGCCACCGUAGGAGUAGGGUGUUGGAGACAUCUGGUAGUGGUGCUGGUUCUGGGGGUUUUAAUGGUAAUGGGAUGCAUUGCGGGAGAGAUUCUAAUAUAUCUGCAACAGAGAGCUCUGUACCUCCUGGGAAUGGUAGCGAGCCUCUGGUUGCAUCACUCUUUGUUCCGAGGAAUGAUAAGCUUGUGAAGAUUGAUGGGAAUUUGAUUAUUAAUUCUAUACUGGCGAGUGAGAAAGCGGUGGUGGCUUCAAGAAAGGCUUCUGAAUCAAAUGAGAGGAAAGCUGACCCGUUGAUUAGUAAAGAUUAUCCCCCUGCUCUGCCUCUACCCGGUGUGGGGAAGAUCGAGGAUAUGGCUAAGCAUCUCUAUAGAUCUAAGGCUGAAAAACAGAAAGCUUUGUCAUCUGGCUCUGAUGAUACUCUGAAAGAGAAAAUCAAAACAAAAGCAGCCAGUGGUGAAAUGCAGCAAUGGUUUCGUGAAGGUGUUGCAGGUCCAAUGUUUAGCUCCGGGAUGUGCACUGAAGUGUUUCAGUUCGAUGUCUCAUCAACCUCCGGAGCCAUUAUUCCUGCAUCUCCAGCAGCCAACGUCUCUGCUGAACACAGUAACAACGCCACAGACACACACAUGCGAAAGAACAGAAGAACCCUUCGUGGUCUGGCCAUUCCACUGCCAGGAUCAGAUUUUAACUUCACCAAAGAGCACCAAAGAAACAGCUCUAGCAAAGAAAUCAAGCCCGCCUCAUCAAUGGUAGUGUCCGUGCUUGUUGAUCCCAGAGAAGGUGGUGAUGGAGUAGACAUCGAUGGGAUGAUUGGUGGACCAAAAUCACUGUCCCGAGUUUUUGUUGUCGUGCUCGUGGACAGUGAAAAGUAUGUAACGUACUCUUGUGUCCUACCUCGAUCAGGAGCUCCUCAUCUUGUGACCACUUAAAAGGGACUUUUUUUUUACCAGUCUUCUAUCCUUCAGCUGUGUAUGUAGAAGAAUAAAAAGCUGCCUGCUUUAUGGAAUCAAGUAGUAUCCUUAGCUAUUACCGGUUUUGUUUACAGAUGUAGAAUCCGAAUACUGUAACUUUUUUUUUAAUAUAUAUUUACUCAUCAAUC